AUGAGCUCUGGUGAACCCUCUCGAUCUUGGACUGUGGGUCGACGCAACAAUGCGGAAGAGCUGGAGGUCCAGACAACUACUGCAGAUAGAGCACAACCACCGCACACUAGUGGAGAAGUGGAGACUGAGGAGGUCACAGAUGACAUCUGCUCUGAUCACACCGUACUCUGCACCCCGCCACCUCACGUCUUUGAGAGGCAAGUGCCGCAAGCAUCAUCCACGCUGCUGGGGGUUUACAGUGCAGCAGUGCUGAAAUCAAGCAUCAAAGUGGGUUCAGUGUUAUGUGCUAGAUUCAUGGAUCACCCCCACAGCUUUGUGGACUCAUGGAUUUCUAUGCCUAUUGCCAACCAUCUUGGGGUAUUGGCUAAGUAA